AUGGAUUUCAUCAAGACCACUUCGCCGCGUGCCCUGAGUCUUUUUGAGCAUUUUGAAGAAUAUGGGACUAGAGGAGCAAGGAAGGACUUGGUGCAUGGACGCAGCUCAAACGGAUACGCAAAGGAAGAAGGAGGAAGUCAUCUUGAAGACCAGCUCAACCACCAGCUCGACCAUCCGGUCGAGCUGAGAAGUCACUCGACCGGCCAAGCUUCCCCUUGA